AUGCCGCUGGGAUGUUACGCUGCAUACUACAAUGAAUUAGUAGUUUUUUUCUUUCCAUUUCUUGUUGAAGCUGAAACGACUGCGGCUAAACGCACUCCAUCUCGGGCCUUUUCUUUAUCUCAUGAUAUAUAUUUGAGAAAUCAAAUUCUAAAUAUAUCGAGAUUCCCUCUUUCCAUUGAUCACUUUUCUUCGUCACCAUUUUCUCGAGACAAUAUCAAACGAGUAAAUAAAACCCUAAAAGCUGAAAAACUUGAAACAGGAAAAAGAGAGUUAAAAGCUAAAAAAAAUCCAUUUCUCUCCUCCAAACAAACCCUAAACCCCUAUUUAAGACACCCACACACUGUCUCUCUGUAUCACACAUCACUUCUUGUAAAUCUCCAUCUCUCAUCUCUCUCACUCUCUCUCUAUCUCUCUGCGAGAAUGAAGAGGGCCAAAGUGACCGCAGUUUAUGAUGAUGGGAGAAGAAGAAAGAGAAGCAAAGAAGAGAAUGAAUACAAUGCGAGAACAGCAAGAAUUAAUGCAAGAGCUCGAAAAUAUGUCUUCAGAGGAUCAAGGAUGAAUCCUACAUACGAUCCUCAAAUGGAGAUUAAACAGCAAGAAGAUGAAGUGACCAUUCUCGAGGUUAACAGUAUCCGCAGCUAUAAGACUGAUGCUGUUUCUGUUUCUUCAAAGCCUAAGAAUAUUUUCCCGCGUGAAACUGGAAGUCUAUUCAAAGAAGCUAUUGAAGCGGAGGCGAAAAUGAUAAUGAGUGAAUCGUUUAUGGAGCAUUGGAGCUACGAGGAAGAAUGGAUGUGGUCGGAGAGUGCAGUGGGGCUGGCCGCUGCGGUGGGGAAGGAUUGCUGGCCUUACUGGGAGAAGGAGCUGAUUAAUGAUGCUGGUGUUAAUACUAUCAAUCAUGAUGAUGAAGCAUGGGAUAAUAUCUGGAAUUUGAAAGGCAUCUAAGUAUCUAAAUUCCGAAGUAUUUGAGGAUACCCGUGGAAUCGAAAACAAUAAUAAUAAUAAUAAUAAUAUAUGAAUGGGAGAAUUAUUUUCUUUUGAGAGAAAAAAAUGUAUGUGAGAAUUAUAGAUAUACAACAGAGAAUGAAGAAGCUGAGGCUGAGGCUGCUCAUUCAUUCAAUGUUUUAUGUUUAAACAGCUUAUAUGAGAGCUUGCAAACUAAUAAUUUCUCUGUUUUAUA